CGUGUGUGUAUGCCGUGUGUGUGAGAGGGAGAUCUAGCCUUGUUUACAUCGUCAAUUCAACAGAGAGAGACUACAGGAUCUACUCCACAUCCUUCACAUCUCUUAAAUGAACACGGAGCCGGUCCUUCAGACAUCAUCCUCGUGUGUCCUUCGCUUCCCGAAGGCAAAAAAAUCCAGCUCCGAAAUCUCAGACUGAAGAUGGUGGGAGGCAGAGAGAGACCAUUUUAAAGCCUGCACGGAUAGUAUUUUGGCAUCUUUCUGAGUUUCUCCGCCGAUUUGAGGCCUUGGUUGAAAAGUGUAUGGUUGGUGAAGAUCACACACCCUAGAACGGACUGUUUUGGUGAGCGGAUAUAAAGCGGGUUUCAUUGGGAUAACGUUACUGAGAGAGAAAAAACCUGCAUGUGAGGAGACCGACAACGUGUUUUCCCAAUUUUUCCUACGACAUGGAGCGCGGAAAUGCGGAUUAUCAAGGCGUUUUGUGUUUGUUUGGGUUGUAUUCACAUGUAUUGACGAGGAGAAGCUGCCAGGAAUAACGUGAAACACGUUUAAGGAGCCCGAGAAUCAGUGCGCGUGAAUCCGCCUCAUGGUGAGGGCAGAGCGGGCUGGGUGUGCUGGAGAACCGCGCUGCUGGGGUGUCUGGAGGGUCCCGUCAUAAAAAAUCAGCAUGAAAAAAGGAAGAAAUUGGAUUUGUUUGAGUGUUUCCACUGCGUUUUGUGUACACCUCCUCAACUAAGCUGGAAAACCCCAACUUUGGUCAUAUUUCUGUGUUGAGAAGACUUCUGGAGUCAAGCAUCAUCUACUUUGAAGAAUUGAGCUGUCUCCCCCUAAUUUCUAAUAUUUUUAUUACUUUUUUUCCUAAAGAAAGCAAGUGCUUGCCUUUUUGUACAGGAAUGAGGUCUAGCAGACAGAGGCAAUAUUGGACCUUGUUUUGUGGUCUGGUGCUGGUCUUCUCCACACUCUGUCAUGGAGAAAUCUGCGGUCCAGGCAUUGAUAUUGGCAACGACAUUGGUAAUUUCAAGCGGCUGGAGAACUGUACCGUGAUUGAGGGAUACCUGCAGAUCCUCCUCAUCGGCGAUAAAAACAGUAACAAUCAGGAGGUCUUCCGCACCCUCAGCUUCCCCAAACUGACCAUGAUUACGGAUUACCUUCUCCUCUUCCGUGUCUCGGGACUGGAAAGCCUCAGCACCCUCUUUCCAAACCUGGCCGUGAUCCGUGGCCGCAACUUGUUCUACAACUACGCCCUGGUCAUAUUUGAGUUGACCAGCCUGAAGGACAUCGGCCUCUACAACCUGCGGAAUAUCACACGGGGUGCAAUACGGAUCGAGAAGAAUCCUGAGCUCUGCUACUUGGAUUCGGUGGACUGGUCUCUCAUUUUGGAUGCUGAAUUGAACAAUUUCAUUGAUGGAAAUAAGCAGUCCAAGGAGUGCGGAGAUGUUUGUCCCGGAAUCAUGGAGGACAACUCUCAGUGCACGAGAUGCUGGACCUCCAACCAUUGCCAAAAAGUGUGCCGAUGUGGUCAGCGAGCGUGCACAGACUCUGGUCAGUGUUGUCAUCCUCAGUGUUUGGGCAGCUGCAGUGUUCCUGACAGUGACCGGGCCUGCGCUGCCUGCCAGAACUAUAAUCACGAAAGCCGAUGUGUGGAGGACUGUCCACCGGGGACGUAUAAGUUUGAGGGCUGGCGCUGCAUCACCAGAGAUUUCUGCUCGAAAGUUCACCUGCCAGACUACGACCGAUUCGUCAUCCAUGCUGGAGAGUGUAUGUCUGACUGCCCACCCGGAUUCACACGCGACGAGAGCCACGGUGUGUCUGUCAGUAUGUUGUGCACUGCCUGUGACGGCCCGUGUGACAAGAUCUGUGAUGAAAAGGUCAUCGACUCGGUGGAUGCAGCGCAGUCGCUUAAGGGCUGCACCGUUAUCAAAGGCAACCUGCAUAUCAACAUCCGCCGCGGCACUAACAUCGCCUCAGAGCUGGAGAACUUCCUGGGACUCAUCAAGACCGUAACGGGAUAUAUUAAAAUACGGUCAUCGCACACCCUGACCUCGCUCUCCUUCCUCAAGAGCCUGAGAUACAUCCAUGGAGAGGAACUCUGGGACAACACGUAUGCCUUUGCUGCUUUGGAUAACCAGCAUCUGCAGCUCCUGUGGGACUGGUCACAGCACAACCUGACCAUAAGUGAUGGAAAACUGUACUUCCGGCUGAACCCCAAACUCUGCAUGUCCGAGAUCCGCAAAAUGUGGGCCAAAACGGGAAUUAAGGAGAACUUUGUGGAAAGAGAUUUCCGCAACAAUGGAGACCGUGCAAGCUGUGGGACUAAGAUCCUAAAGUUUACUUCGAAUAACACGAGGAGUAAUCAAAUCAAGCUGAUGUGGGAAAGUUAUCGACCAUCUGAUUCCAGAGAUCUUGUAAAUUUUAUUGUGUACUACAAAGAAGCGCCUUUCCAGAACAUUACAGAGUUUGAUGGUCAGGACAGUUGCGGAUCGGACAGCUGGAACAUGGUUGACGUGGAUCUACCGGAUGAGAAAAUCCUGAACCCGGAAGUUGUGCUGUCCGCGCUGAAGCCCUGGACUCAGUAUGCCAUCUUUGUUAAAGCUGUAACGUUAAUUGUGGAGGACAGGGACAGAGACAAGGACAGACUGCAUCUUGGGCCGCAGAGUGAAGUGGUGUACAUUCGCACUAAACCAUCAGCCCCCUCAAUGCCUGUAGACAUCCGUGCGUACUCUAAUUCUUCAUCAAAGCUGGUGGUGCGCUGGUCUCUACCUCUGGCCCCCAAUGGAAACAACACCUACUACUUGCUCCGCUGGAAGCAGCAGGGCGAAGACCGUGAACUCUACCAGCACAACUACUGCUCCAAAGAACUGAAGAUCCCUGUAAGGGUUUCAGCCACGGGUUUGACAGAAACUGAAGACACAAAGCCAACCAAUCCUGAAACAGGAGGACGAGACAAAACUCCCUGCUGUCCCUGCCCUAAAACAGAGGAGGAUCUGAAGCGAAUCGAGGAUGACAUCUACUACCGCAAAGCCUUCGAGAAUUUCCUCCAUAAUGCCAUUUUCACUCCCAGGCCUCCAGACAGGCGACGGCGGGAUCUGUUCGGUGUGGCCAACGUUACCUCCAUUCACACUCUCCUGGCGGGACACUGGAACCAGACCGAGGGAAACUUCUCAGAUGACGAGCCGCCUAGACGGGAAUUUUCCUUUCUGGAGAGGAAAGUGAAAGAGCGACACAUUGAAAUCACUGGCCUGCAACCUUUUACUGUUUACCGCAUUGACCUGCACGCGUGCAAUGAAGAGGUUCGACACUGCAGCGCCGCUGCAUUCGUCUUCUCUCGCACCAAAGCAGCAGAAAAAGCUGAUGACAUCCCCGGCUCUGUUACCUGGGAGGGUCUGGAGGAUUCAGUGUUCCUGAAGUGGCCUGAACCAGAUAAACCCAACGGCCUGAUCAUGCUCUAUGAGAUCCAGUAUCGACUUGGAACAGAGCCUGAGAAGCACGAGUGUGUUUCCCGUCAACAUUACAGGAAGCACAAAGGAGUGAAACUCUCAAACUUGGGACCAGGGAACUAUUCUGUCCGUGUUCGGGCCACGUCUCUCGCUGGAAAUGGAUCCUGGACAGAGCCCAUAGCUUUCUCCGUGCAUCAGAUGGAACAAUCCAGUUAUGAUCCUGUAAUAUUUAUCAGCAUCCUCCCGGUCUUACUGUUAAUCGUUGGUGUGGUAGUAUUUGGGUACAUCUGGAUGAACAAGAACCGAAACAAUGACAGGCUUGGAAACGGAGUACUUUAUGCCUCUGUUAACCCAGAGUACUUCAGUGCAGCAGAGAUGUAUGUGCCGGAUGAAUGGGAAGUGGAGCGGGAGAAGAUCACGAUGUGCCGAGAGCUGGGACAGGGGUCGUUUGGUAUGGUGUAUGAGGGAAUCGCCAAAGGUGUCGUUAAAGAUGAGCCGGAAACCAGGGUGGCCAUUAAAACGGUCAACGAAUCGGCCAGUUUGCAUGAGCGCAUUGAGUUCCUCAAUGAAGCCUCCGUGAUGAAAGAGUUCAACUGUCAUCAUGUGGUGCGUCUGCUGGGAGUGGUCUCGCAGGGUCAGCCCACUCUGGUGAUCAUGGAGCUGAUGACGAGAGGAGAUCUGAAGAGUUACUUACGCUCGCUUCGAUCAGUUGAGAACACCUCCAGCUUGCCUUUGCCGCCAUUAAAGAAGAUGAUUCAGAUGGCAGGAGAGAUCGCGGAUGGCAUGGCAUACCUCAACGCCAAUAAGUUUGUUCAUAGAGACUUAGCAGCAAGGAACUGCAUGGUGGCUGAAGAUUUUAUCGUCAAAAUCGGUGAUUUUGGCAUGACGAGAGACAUUUAUGAGACGGAUUACUACAGAAAAGGAGGUAAAGGCCUGCUGCCUGUGCGCUGGAUGUCCCCAGAGUCCCUCAAAGACGGAGUGUUCACCACCAUGUCUGAUGUCUGGUCUUUCGGCGUGGUUUUGUGGGAAAUAGCCACCCUUGCGGAGCAGCCGUAUCAGGGGAUGUCCAAUGAGCAAGUCCUGCGGUUCGUGAUGGAGGGAGGCCUGCUGGACAAACCAGACAACUGCCCUGACAUGCUGUUCGAGCUGAUGCGCAUGUGCUGGCAGUACAACCCCAAAAUGCGGCCGUCCUUCCUGGAAAUCAUCAGCAGCAUCAAGGAGGACCUGGAGGCGGGCUUCAAGGAGACCAGCUUCUUCUACAGCGAGGAGAACAAGCCCCCCGACACGGAGGAGCUGGACAUGGAGAACGUGGGAACAAUGGAGAACGUUCCUCUAGAACCGUCCUCCAGCCUGCAGCCCCUCGCACCCUCAAUAUCCCCCCCUCAGCAGUGCACAGCUGCGGCCCAGAGCUGCUCGUCCCCGUCCUCGCCUCCUUCAUCACCCAGCUCCACGGACAAACACCCGCUUCCCACAUCAGCGGCCAACGGGCCGUCCAUGGUCCUGAGGGGGCCGUUUGAGGAGGGUCAGCCUUACGCUCAUAUGAACGGGGGCCGGAAGAACGAGCGUGCCUUGCCUCUGCCCCAGUCUUCGGCUUGCUGAUCGCCGGAUGCGUCGGAUGUGUGUCAAGCCACUGUGUGGUGUCCUGAGAGAGAAAUAUUCAAAUGUUAGAGACGAAAAAAAAAAAGAGAGUCCAGGCAAUCAAUUUUUUCAAUCAUACCUCAAUGGACAAAGUUUGGAGUUCUUUGUUUUUUGUGCGUUCCGAUUGAAUUGUUGAAUUGAUGAUUGAACUCAUUUGUUAUUUCCGCCAGACUGGAUCAAUGACUGAAAACAAAAUAUGAAAAGAAAAAAAAAACAUCACUUUCGCACUCAAUAGGCUGUUUUUGUUACUUUUCUAAACUUCCGGAGCUGGCCUAUGAGAGCCGGUAGUGGUACGGUGGCAUUAUUACGACAUGCUCUGCAUAUCUCCAACUUGCGAAUUACUUGUCUUUGUUUCCAAAAGACGUGCGUCUAAAAAAAUGAGCAAAAUGGUGUACGACUUCCUCUUCCGCUCAUCUCAGAUCUCUGGCUUCCACUCUUUUCAGAAAUCAUCUGUGGUGGAGGAGAAAUCUUGCAUCUGCCAAAAGUCUUUCACUUCUUUUUUAAUGUUGCCAAAUUGGGUGUGUAAUUCCCCAUUCAUUCGUGUUACGCACAUAAAUGACCACACACAGGUUGUCCGAAACUUCUUUAACAUGAAGGGUUAGUUCACCCAAAAUGUCUCAUAUUAAACACUCACCCUCGUCUCCUUCCAAAACUUCUGAGAGUUCAUCUUCAGAACAAAAACGAAGAUAUUUUAGAUGAUAUCCUGGAGCUCUCUCAUACAUAGACAGCAAUGUUUCUGACUCGUUUAAAUUCAGGAGAACAUUCUCAACAUUCUCAAUUCAAACCAUAUAUGCUAUCAGUGGUUUAUUUACUAAUUACUCACCCUCGUGUCGUUUCAAAACUCCCGAGACCUUCGUUCAUUCUCAGAACUUAAAUGAAGAUAUUUUAGAUGAUAUCCUGGGGCUCUCUCAUACAUAGACAGCAAUGUUUCUGACUCAUUUAAAUUCAAGAAAACAUUCUCAAUUCAGACCAUAUAUGCCAUCAGUUGUUUUAAUUACUAAUUACUCACCCUAAUCUCAUUCCAAAACUCCUGAGACCUUCGUUCAUCUUCAGAACAAAAAUAAAGAUAUUUUAGAAGAUAUCCUGGAGCUCUCUCAUACUUAGACAACAAUGUUCCUGACUUGUUUAAAUUCAAGAAAACAUUCUCAAUUUAGACCAUAUAUGCCGUCAGUGGUUUUAUCACUAAUUACUCACCCUUAUGUCGUUCCAAAACUUCUGAGACCUUAGUUCAUCUUCAGAACAAAAAUAAAGACAUUUUAGAUGAUAUCCUGGAGCUCUCUCAUACAUAGACAGCAACGUUCCUGACUCAUUUAAAUUCAAGAAAACAUUCUCAACAUUCUCAAUUCAGACCAUAUAUGCUUUCAGUUGUUUUAAUAACUAAUUACUCACCCUAAUAUCGUUCUAAAACUCCUAAGACCUCCGUUCAUCUUCAGAACAAAAAUAAAGAUAUUUUAGAUGAUAUCCUGGAGCUCUCUCAUACAUAGACAGCAAUCUUCUUGACUCGUUUAAAUUCAAGAAAACAUCUUAAUUCAGACCAUAUAUUUGUGUUCAGAAGAUGAACGAAGGUCUCAGGAGUUUUGGAACAACAUUAGGGUGAGUAAUUAGUCAUUAAACCCCUGAAGGCAUAUUUGUUCAUAUUCGGUUUUGACAAUAUUUUUGGUAUCUUUCUGGACUUUGAACGAGUCAUCGCUAUUGCUGUCUAUGGAAGUGGAGAGAGCUCCAGGAUUUCAUCUAAAAUAUCUUCAUUUGUUUUCCGAAGAUGAGCUAAGAGCUUGGGUGUUUGGAACAAAAUGAGAGUGAGUAAUUAAUAACAAUUUUCAAUUUUGUGUGAACUAACCCUUUAAAAACAAUCAUACACACAAAGUUAUUUCAGAUUAUCUCCACUUUUCUAGCAAGAUCAGAACAACAGAUUCAUCAGAUGUUACAUUAGUCACUUUUUUUUAAAAAAAGGGAAAAAAAGAGCGAAUGAAUACGGUCGUUCAGUCGUACGUCGGACCACAGAGCGUGUGCAUCGUUUGUCAGUCACUUUUGUACCUUUUUUGCAGUUACAGAUCGAUCAUCUAUAAGUCUGUGCUGAAAAAAGCUGCUAUUUUAUUCUUCUUAUUCUUUUGUGGUUGUAAUAUACAGACAUAUAUAUGUAUGUAUGUAUGUAUAUAUAUGUAUG